AUGAAUGUUUCAAAUUCGAGCAGAGAAUUGCAAGCAUUGAUAGAUUUUAGAUGGCCUCAUACCAACUCCUCAGCUCAUCACUGCCACUGGGAAGGCAUUACCUGUGAUGAUCAUGGCCGAGUUGCAGAGAUAAGCCUGCAAUCUAAAGUUGGAUGCGAUGAUAAACCUUGGUGGUGUCACGAUGUUGGCUAUUGGUCUCUUUCACUAUCAAAUCUCACUAACUUAGAAGUGCUUCUCAUUUCUUAUAAUAGCAUUUUCGGUGCCAUUCCUUCUGCAAUAGGAAGCAUAUCCAAACUAACUCAUCUCGACUUAUCAUACAAUUCACUCAAAAGUGAGCUGCCUCUUUCACUAUCAAAUCUCACUAACUUAGAGGUGCUUAGCAUUUCUUAUAACAGGAUUUUCGGUACCAUUCCUUCUGGAAUAGGGUACCUCCUCCAUUUGAUUGCUCUUGAUUUGAGCUUAAAUAACAUCAAUGGCUCUUUGCCCUCAACUAAGAGCCAAUUAGCAAGAUUGGAAAUCUUGAAAUUGGAUGGCAAUAGCUUGGGAGGUGUUUUUGAAGCAGGAAUACGCAUGCUUCCUUCUAUCAAAAUGAUAAAUCUAAGUAGGAAUUCAAUCAAAGAACAGAUACCUCUACAGUUUGGAUGUGUUGCUAAUGCACAACUUCUCAAUAUCGAUCUUUCUUGGAACCAACUUAUUGGUGAAGUCCCUACAUCUAUUUCAAGUUUGGAGGGAAUCAAUUUUUCCUAUAAUAAUUUAGAAGGUGAGAUUCCAGCCAACGUAUGGCAUAAGUUUGGGACCGAAUCGUUCCGCAAAAACACCAAUUUACAUCCUCCCGUGGCAUCCAGGAUUACGGUUGAAAUUAUUUAUUAUCUAAUCUUUGUGUUUUUUAUAUUAUGUGGGAUCUAUUUCAUUUUUUUCACAAGGGGAAGGAAUGGUGCCUCUUCGGUCACACCCGAUCCCAAACAUGGAGACAUAUUCAAGAUUUGGAACUUCGAUGGCAACAUUGCCUAUCAAGACAUCAUUGACGCAACACAAGACUUUGACUUGAGAUGCUGCAUUGGAACUGGAGCAUACGGGAGCGUCUACAGAGUCCUACUGCCCACUGGAAGACUUGUUGCGGUUAAAAAACUUCACAGAUUUGAAGGUGAUAAUCCUACCUUCGACUCCUCUUUUAGGAAUGAAGCCGGGGUUCUCUCUCAGAUUCGCCAUCGCCAUAUUGUCAAGCUUUUUGGUUUUUGUCUGCACCAACGGAGCAUGUUUCUUAUCUACGACUACAUGGAAAGAGGAAGCCUCUUUAGCGUGUUGAAGUAUGAUGACGAAGCCGUGGAGCUAAACUGGUAG